AUGAAGCUCGCAAUUUUGUCGAUUUUGGCAUUUUUGGCUUUAUCCAACGCCAACGAAACAAAAGAUAUUCAUCCAGCUGCUGGUUUAAGCUUUGUCGAUUUUGUGGAGUUUUAUGGUUACCCAAUCGAAGUACACGAAGACAUUCAAACUGAAGAUGGUUAUUUAUUAACAAUGCAUAGAAUCCCACAUGGAAAAACCAACGGCGAUCAAAAAGACAAAAAAGUAGCUUUAUUGAUGCAUUGUUUAAUGUGUAAUGGAGCUGUUUACGCAACAUAUGGUCCUGAGAAUGGUUUAGCUUUUAUUUUAGCCGAUCAAGGAUACGAUGUUUGGAUGCCAAGUGCUAGAGGGACACAAUUUUCAAAGAAACACAUCUCUUUAGACCCAGAAGAUGAUGCUGAUGUAUUUUGGAAAUUCAGUUGGCACGAAAUUGGUUAUUACGAUCUUCCAGCUUUUAUAGAUUACAUCCAAGAACAAACUGGUGUUGAGAAAAUGUCUUAUCUUGGUUAUUCCCAAGGAACAACCACCUUUUACGUUUUGGCAUCUUCAAGACCCGAGUAUAACGAUAAAUUUAACGUAGCUAUUUCUUUAGCUCCUAUCGCUUACAUGUCUAAUAUGAGCAAUUCAUUAUUGCAAUAUCUUUCGGAAUACGUUAACGCUUUAGAUGAGUUACUGGACAUGAUUGGUUGGCAUGAAUUUGUGCCAAACUACGAAUUAAUGGGACCUUUGGUUGAAUGGUGCAAAGGAAGUGGUCAACAAAUUUGUGAUAACAUUUUCUUUUUGAUAUUUGGACAAACAAGUGAUGAGAUGGAUGAUAAUUGGGGACCUGUUUUUGCCACCCAUUUACCAGCUGGGGCAUCAUCCAAACAAUGGGUUCAUUAUGGCCAAGAAAUACAAUCAGGAUUUUUCCGCCGUUUUGAUUUUGGAUUAGUUGGAAAUUUAGCUCAAUACGGAUCUGUAACCCCUCCAAAUUAUGAUUUGAGUAAGAUUACGACUCCUACAGCUUUCUUGUAUGGAGAUGAAGAUAGCAAUGCUAAUGUUGUGGAUGUUGAACAGUUACUUAGAGAACUUCCAAAUGUAGUUUUCGAAAAAUUAAUCGAAGGAUAUGCCCAUGUUGAUUUUAUUUUCGCUCAAGAUGUUACAGAAAGAGUUAAUGGAGAUGUUGUGGAAAUUUUAAAUACUUAUUAAAAACUUUAUUUACAAUGUGAAAAUA